CAUAUGUCGCAUGUGCCAUUGGCCAGUACGGCGAGGCUCUAGCACCGCCGCAGACGUAGCUCCGUAGAAGGCGUCGCCGCCGUCUUGCAAGCACGGCGCUGCCAAAGCUGCAUAUGCGAUAGGCUGCCCCGGUGAGCCGACACUGCCAGCAUGCUCGACGAUGCGGUACACGUCCUCAAUGGAGCGCAUGAGAGGAAGAAAGUGGAUCCCCAGGAAGUGGACGCGCCAGCGGAGCACUACGUGCGGCUGUUCUGGUUCACGCUCGCCUUCGGCAUCGGCGACGCGGCCCUCUUCGCGGUCGCCACGGCGUACCUUAGCUACGCGGCGCUCAACGUGGACCUGCUGCUCAUGGGUCCCUGCCUGAGCGUGUUUAUGCUGUACACCUUCGGCACCCUGGACUCGGAGGUCCACGGCCCGCGGGCCAUCGGUCUCUGGGCCGCGCUGUGGCUCGUCCAGACGGUCAUUAUGGUCGUGAGCUACGCCGUUCGUGGCGAGGCAUGGGCGCAGAUCGCCUUCUGGGCGUUCUUCUUCCUGCUCAGCGCCACGGCGUUUGGGUGGCUCAUGCACAUGCUGCGCGAGGAGCUGCGGGCGCGGCACCGCGGCGCCCGGCUCGCGGUGGCGCGCGCGCUGACGGAGCGGCUCGUCAAGGUCGUGGGCCUCCAGAUCGGCCUGCUUGUCGUCGGCGUCGUCCAGGGCGUCGCGAAAAGAGACUACCCGCGCGUCUACGCGACCGCGUGCUUCUCGCUGUCGCUGCUGAUGGCGUGGUUCUUCGCGGUCGCCAUCGACGAGGUCGCGGAGGUGGACGUACAUGCUGCCGCGGCGCGCAUGCGACUGCGGCCCAUUGAAGCCGCCGCGCUAUUUUUUUCUGGUUGUGUCGUUCUCUCGGGCCUAGGCCUGUACGUGAUCUCGGAGCAGUCGAGCCCGCGGCGAGGCAUCGCCCAGGCUGCAGGCAAUGCGCUAUUUCUCUCGAUCAUCCUCGCAUACUGCUGCAUCAUACGGAUCGUGUGGGUCGCCCGGCGGAAGCGCCGGUCAAAAGUCAGCGAUGACGACCCGCCGGCAUAA